GAGAUAGAAAAAGUAGAGGCUACCUUUCAAUGUGCGGUAGAAACCGCUAAUGACAUUCUUUCGGUAAUACGUUAUAGUCCAAAACCAAGAGAGUAUGUUGUGGAAUAUGAUAAGGGAGAAAAUAAAGACUUGUAUAAUAUGCUUAAAAGCUGUGUAUUACAUGCUAUUGAAUUUUUACGCGAUCAUCGGUAUGAUCCAAUGGAGAUUUAUACCGAAGAAUUUUAUGAGGAUAUUCAAAAAAUUCCCGACCCCAUACAGAAGCCUUUCGAAAUGAUGCAAGAUUUUUUGCACAUAUUAGAAACUCUUGGACCGUGGUGUGCAGAUCGCGCCGCACUGACUUUACUAUUUUUAACAGAAAAACUGAAGAUUAAAACCCCUUAUGAAAGGCAUUACCUUCUUUUAAAUAUGAUGACAUCUGUUUUUAUAAAAAUACGUGCUCUUUGUGAUAAUGAAUUUCAACAUUUAUCCGAGAGAGAGAGGAUAUAUCAAUAUAGUACUCCAAAAGUUCAUCGACUAUUGCAAAUUUUAAAAAUUUACACUCCUUUUUAUACCAAAGAGGCUAGUACUCCAGAGAAAAAGACAAGCGCUGAUCAUGUAUUUAAUUCAAAGAAUUGUAUCACCAGGAGUGAUAAAAAUAUCUCUUUCUCAAGAAAUCAGGAAAAAUCUGCACAAUUGAAAAAGUUUGGAAAUAAUUGGAAGUCUAACAUGGAUGACAAUUACAAAAGGACUUUCAAGUCGCAACGUUAUCCCUGUAACAAUACAGAUCCUGAUCUGCUCUGUGGAGUAAUUUUUGUUGACAGAGGAUUUACAGCUAAAGUUUUAUUUUAUCUAUUAAGCGAAAUAUGCAAACAUGACGAAGAUUUGCAUUUUUUAUCACCUCUCUAUACAGUUGAAAGAAACACCGAUGACAUUGGUUACUCAAGAGAUUUGGAAAUGGAACAUAGAAAACAGGAAGAAGUGUUAAAGCGAUUUAGAAUUCACGAAUGCAACUUGUUAAUUGCAACUUCAAUUUUGGAGGAAGGCAUCGAUAUUCCAAAAUGCAAUUUUGUGAUGAGAUAUGACUUUCCAAAGAAUUAUCAGUCUUAUAUACAAUGCAAAAGUAGAGCAAGAGCCAUAGAUGCCUUGCAUGUAUUAUUGGUAUCACAAGAAGCAUCUAAAGAAUUUAUAUGGCAAUUAGCUCAGUAUCAAUAUAUAGAAAAGACUUUAUUAUUAAAAUGUUCUAAUAAAGAGCUAACUGAGGAAGAAGAAAAUGAAGCAGACAUAUAUGCUACGAUGAUACCACAUUAUAAACCGCUUGAUGGCGAUGAUACUCCUAAAGUAACUUUUAAUUCUGCCAUUUCAUUAGUCAAUAGGUAUUGUGCAAAAUUACCAAGUGAUACUUUCACGAGAUUAACACCAGAGUGGUCUAUCAAAACCGUGGAUGUUCAGGAUACAAGGAUGUACAUUUGUUUCCUGCGACUUCCCAUAAAUUCACCGUUGAAAUAUGUAGUUACGUCGUAUCCGAUGCCGAAUAGAGCGAUGGCCAGACGUAUGGCUGCUUUGCAAAUGUGCAUCGAUUUACAUCGAGAAAAUGAGAUAGAUGAUAAUUUGUUACCUAUUGGAAAGGAAAAUUUUAAAGCCAAACCUGAAGAUGCGGAAGUACCUGCCUUGCCAGAUGAAAGCAGAGCUGACUUUUCAGAAGCUAGGCCGGGGACAACAAAACGGAGACAAUAUUAUUAUAAAAAAACUGCCGAAGCAUUAACGGAUUGUCGGCCAAUAGUAGGAGUACCAUCUUACUUGUAUCAUAUUAAUAUGAUAUUAAGUUGUCCUUUACCCGAGGAACAAAAUACGCGAGGCAGACGUAUUUAUCCUCCUGAAGAAUCCGCCAUUGGAUUUGGGAUACUUACAUUAAAGGAGAUACCCAAGUUGUGUCCGUUCCCUAUUUAUACUAGAUCAGGUGAAGUUCACGUGCAAUUAAAACUUAGUAAGGAAACUGUAAUUCUCGAUGAGAUCCAGAUAAAAAGAGUCGAUACUUUUCUUAAUUAUACCUUAAAAGAUUUAUUAGAAUCUUUGUAGAAUAUAAUUAUUAAAUUUAAUUUUUUAGUUACAACAUCAGAAGGAUCAGAUGUUAGAGUAGAUUGGAAUUUUUUGGAAUGCAUUUAUCAGAAUCGAAAUGCAGUGCCAACUAAAGUUCCGGAAGAAGAUAGGAAAAAUUUCAAAUUUGAUCCAUCUAAAUAUUACGAUGCUGUAAUCAUGCCAUGGUAUAGAAGUCAAGACCAACCACAGUACUUCUAUGUAGCAGAAAUAUGCACAAACUUAAAUCCAAAGUCUUCUUUUCCCGGACAUGAUUAUAGCACUUUCGAAGAAUAUUAUUAAAAAUAUGGUAUACAAAUACAAAAUCUGGAACAAUCGUUGUUAGAUGUCGAUCAUACAUCAGCUAGAUUAAACUUUUUAACUCCUAGAUAUGUGAAUCGUAAAGGUGUCGCGUUGCCUACAAGUAGUGAAGAAACGAAACGUGCAAAAAGAGAAAAUUUAGAACAGAAGCAGAUCCUUGUUGCUGAAUUGUGCGCUAUUCAUCCCUUUCCAGCCUCUUUAUGGAGACAAGCAGUCUGCUUACCUUGCAUAUUGUACAGAAUUAAUGCUUUAUUGCUCGCUAAUCAGAUACGGUGUCAAGUUGCACACAUGAUAAAUUUGGGACAGCAAGAUCUCAAUUCAGAUUUCGAAUGGCCAGCGUUAGAUUUUGGAUGGAGUUUGGCCGAGGUAUUGAAAAGAUCGAAGGAAACGGAAAAAACAAAACAGAAUAAAAAUGAAAAUGCACAGGACAAUUCAUCUUUGGACAAUAUGAAUGCCAGUAAGUGUCAGAAUAUUACAUCUAAUCGAGACACGAAUAAUAAACAGUACACAUCGUGCGACGAAAUUGAAAUACAACAAAUACAAUUGGAAUCCGAUGAUGCACAUGGAGCCGGUGAAGCGGAAGAAGGGAUUACCGAUGAGCAAAAGGAUGACGAGCUGGAGAUUGGUACUUGGUCAAACGAUAUGGCAUGGUCAAACGAAAUGACGAUAAAUUGUGCGGAUUAUGACGCGGACGACCUGAAAUCGUUUCCUCUAAAUGUAACGGUCUUACCGCAAGACUUUGGUUGGAACGACAUUCGAUACGGUUCACCAACGUACGAAUCCGAUUUCGAUGGUUAUGAGUCGGAUGAUAUAUACAGUGACGGAUUUAUCGACACAUCUGACGAAAGUGAGGAUGAAAGUAGAGGCCUGAAGAUUUCUUACAUGGGAGAAAAUGUCGCCGAAGCUGUGGAGGACGAAAAACAGAUAUGUAAGCAAGAAAUCAACAAAAAAAUUUUGGAUCUUUUGGAAACGGAAAAAAAUUUUGAUAACAAUUGCUGGAUGUACGCGGAAAAGGACGAAGAGUCAUUACUCGCGAAACACAAGGAAGCACAUUAUGAGUUUGCUAAGAAAAAGGAGCACGAUAUAAUGACCGACGGUACUUUCAUACCUUGCACUUCUGACAUUACGAUUAAAAGAAAAAAUUCGUCAAGUUGCCAAACCGAAAGCGAUAAACCGAAUUAUAAAUAUAAAGAUUACAUAGAGAGUGUAGUAAAAAGAUUUACCACGGAAAUAUUAAAUAGAAAGAUCACCGAGUCUACUCGAAUGGCAAAAAAAGAGAUAAAUAAGGCAAGUGAAAGAAAUUAUUUAAAUAACGGUCUUUUUAGUUUCGAUUAUCAACCAGAAUUAAAAGGCCAUCCAGGACCAAGUCCUAGUCUGAUUUUGCAGGCUCUAACAAUGUCUAAUGCGAAUGACGGUAUUAACUUGGAGCGGUUGGAGACGAUUGGCGAUUCGUUUCUCAAGUACGCUAUAACUACGUAUUUAUAUUGUACAUAUGAUAAUAUUCACGAAGGAAAGCUCAGUCACUUGAGAUCAAAACAGGUCAGCAAUCUAAAUCUUUAUAGACUCGGUAGACAAAAAAUGCUCGGUGAGAGCAUGAUAGCAACCAAGUUUGAACCACAUGACAAUUGGCUGCCUCCUUGUUACUACGUUCCCAAAGAACUCGAGCAAGCGUUGAUCGAAUCCGGUGUUCCUUCCGCUCUAUGGAAUCAAGCUGAUAUUCCUACCUUGCAAGCUGUGAAUCCUACCGAAAUAAUACAACUCGUUAAAGAGACUGAGGAAAAACUUGUGAUUAUGAAAAGCGAAUUGGAUAAAAACGAAAGUAAAUUGUCGAACAAUUUAGAUAAUUUGCGAUGCUUCAUCCCUUAUAAUUUAAUUACGCAGCACAGUAUCCCAGACAAAAGUAUCGCGGAUUGCGUAGAAGCUUUGAUAGGAGCAUAUUUAAUCGCAUGUGGACCUCGUGGAGCACUUCUUUUUAUGACUUGGUUAGGUAUUCAUGUUUUACCUACCGAAGAGAUUUGCGUGAUAAGCGAAAAUGAACCGGAGGAACGGAUACCAGGUAGCACACCGUAUGUAAAGGGAAUUAAUGAAUAUAGCGAAACUACCUGGACACAAAUUCGUUACGGAAAGUUGGAAGAGCCACUAAACCCAUUACUCCGUUACAUUCCUGAUCCAGAGAGUGAAUUAUAUAUGAUGCUCGACGGAUACGAAGAAUUAGAAAAAAGUAUAGGAUAUAAAUUUCGUGACAGUAGUUAUCUUUUACAAGCAUUUACGCAUGCCUCUUAUCAACCCAAUAGAUUAACGGAUUGUUAUCAACGUUUGGAAUUUCUUGGCGAUGCUGUAUUAGAUUAUUUAAUAACCAGACAUUUGUAUGAAGAUUCCCGGCAACAUUCGCCAGGUGCUUUAACAGAUUUAAGAUCCGCUUUAGUGAAUAAUACAAUAUUCGCUUCUUUAGCGGUGAGAUGCGGUUUUCAUAAAUAUUUCCGUCAUCUUUCUCCCGGGCUAAGCGUGGUAAUAAAUCGCUUCGUCAGAAUACAGGAAGAGAAUGGACAUUCCAUCAGUGAGGAGUACUACUUGAUUGGCGAAGAGAAAUGUGAGGAAGCUGAAGACGUAGAAGUUCCAAAGGCAUUGGGCGACGUUUUCGAGUCAUUAGCCGGUGCAAUUUAUUUGGAUAGCGGAAUGUCCCUCGAUGCAGUAUGGAGCGUUUAUUAUACAAUAAUGAAGUCAGAAAUUGAACAGUUCAGCACAAACGUUCCCAAAUCUCCAAUUCGCGAAUUAUUAGAAUUAGAACCUGAAACAGCAAAAUUCGGUAGGCCUGAGAAACUGGCUGAUGGUCGUAGAGUUCGGGUAACCGUAGAUGUGUUUGGUAAAGGUUCAUUUAAAGGAAUCGGGCGGAAUUACAGAAUUGCGAAAUGUACGGCAGCUAAAUGCGCUUUAAAGAAAUUAAAAAGCAAAGUACAGAACUAUCCGAAACAAAAGCUAUGACGAAACUUGUAAUUAUUAAAAGAAAAGAAUAUACAAUAAAUUGUUUAUUUUCAAGAAA